GAUAAUGAAAGAAACAUUCAAACUUUUCCAAUGUGUUAGAUUCAUCAUCACACAGAUUCUUUCUGCACAGAACUGUUAGUCAAUCACAAGGCCAAAGAUGGGAACUGUAGUUCCAAGCUCUAUGGAUUUACCAAAAACUGAUAAUGAAACAGGCAUCAUUCAUUCUCCAGAAGAGCUUGACGCUGGAGCUUUGUUUGUCCUCAAGUCCAGAGGAUCAUGGCUGCACUGUGGAUAUCAUUUGACAACAUCAAUUGUUGGCCCUGUGAUUUUCAGUCUGCCCUUUACAAUGGCCUUGUUAGGCUGGGUUACUGGAGUUGUAAUUGUGACUCUUGCGGCUCUGGUGACUUUCUAUGCGUAUAAUCUUCUUUCUGUUGUUUUGGAGCACCAUGAACAGCUUGGGAAACGUCAACUUCGGUUCAGAGACAUGGCCAGGGACAUUUUAGGGCCAGCUUGGAGUAAGUUUCUUGUAGCUCCCCUUCAGUUUGCUAUAUGCUAUGGUGCUGUUAUUGGUUGUACUCUUCUUGGAGGACAGAGCCUCAAGUUCAUUUACUUGCUAUACCACCCAAAAGGAGCAAUGCAACUUUAUCAAUUCAUAUUAAUUUUUGCCUCAGUACCCCUAAUUUUGGCACAAAUGCCAUCUUUUCACUCAUUGAGGCAUAUCAAUCUUAUCUCAUUAAUCCUCUGUCUGGCCUAUGCCGCUUGUGCUACUGCUGGUGCCAUUUACAUAGGACUGUCCAAGAAUGCACCAGCUAGGGCCUAUUCUAUAAAAGGAUCUCAACUAAACCGCGUUUUCGGCUCUUUUAAUGGCAUAUCAAUUAUCUCCACAACUUAUGCAAGUGGAAUAAUCCCAGAAAUACAGGCAACUAUAGCACCUCCAGUGAAGGGUAAGAUGUUCAAGGGACUAUGCAUCUGUUAUGCAGUCGUUGUUACAACAUUUUUCAGUGUGGCCAUCUCUGGGUAUUGGGCAUUUGGAAAUCAGGCCUUGUCUACAAUUCUUAGUAAUUUCAUGGGUGAUGAGAAGCCAUUGCUACCCACUUGGUUUCUUUUAAUGACCAACAUCUUCACUCUUAUGCAACUAGUAGCAAUCACUUUGAUUUACUUGCAGCCAACAAACGAAGUUUUCGAAAAAUGGUUUGCGAAUCCGAAGAUGGAUCAAUUUGCGAUGCGUAAUGUAGUCCCACGGCUAAUAUUCAGGACACUUUCUGUGAUCAUUGGCACUUUCAUAGCUGCCAUGCUACCUUUCUUCGGUGACAUCAUGGCGCUGUUUGGAGCAUUCGGAUGCAUUCCUCUAGAUUUCAUAUUGCCAAUGGUUUUCUACAAUGUGACAUUCAAGCCAGCCAAACUGAGCAUAAUUUUCUGGGUAAACACAUUGAUAGCAAUAGUAUCCUCUGGUUUGGUAGCAAUGGGAGCAGUGGCAUCAGUUCGACAAAUCAUUCUUGAUGCCAAGACAUAUCAUUUAUUCGCUAAUAUGUAACAUAAGCAAUAUUAUGUGCUGAUUAUAAUGGACAGAAUGAAGCUUUAGAGAUAAGUAAUGAUCUUUUAUUAUAA